CACAAGCGUUUGGCUAUCAGUCCGUGGAGAGCUGAGCAAUAGAACAGAAUGAGAUUGUUUUUGCUGUGCUUGUUUUUGGGAGCAGUAUCUGCAGAGGCUCCAUUUGCCGGAUAUCCAGCAUCGGGAUGGCGUCCUCAAGGUGCCCAGUUUAGAUUACCAACAGAAUAUGGAGCACCUCUAGUGCAGCAGAAGGUGGAGGUCGAGAUCAGCAAAGAAAAUGUCGCCCACGCUGCCCAAGUCGUUGAGGCCACCACUGAAGAGUUGUUGAGCAACGAAUACCUUCCACCAACCACCACUGAUCAACCUGAGCUAGACCCGAUCCGUGUUCAGGGAUUACCAGAUGACCAAUACCGAGAUUUUCAACGAUCCAAUCUUAAACAAACACAACAAAGAUUCCACCAGCAACAACCAAUAUUUCCACUGAGUGGCCAACUCCGUGCUGGCUCAAACAAUAAUUUGCAAUUUGGACGUCAGGAACAGGCACAACCGACUCAAACUUAUGGAGUACCAGAUCAAGAUGAGCCCAACUCCGAUGAUCAACCAGAGAAUCAAUAUCAGGGUUUUCAACAAGCCUCUAGAACUAAUCCAGCGACUCAACAAGCACAGCAGCGACAGUCGCUCUUUCCACAACGCAACCAACUUAGAGCCCAACAACCAGCUGCUAAAAAUUUCCAAUUCGGACGCCAGGAACAGGCACAACCGGCUCAGACGUAUGGUGUACCAGAUCAAGAUGACAACGAGUCUGACGAUCAAGACUUGCCGGAAAACCAAUAUCAAGGUUUUCAACAAGCCUCAAAAGUCAAUCCAGCGCCUCAGCAACCAUUCUUUCCACUGAGUGGCCAACUGCGUGCCAUUCCUGCAAAUAAUUUCCAAUUCGGCCGCCAGGAACAGGCACAACCAACUCAAUCGUAUGGCCCGCCAGAAAACGACUCUGGAGAUCAAGACUUGCCAGAGGAACCAGAGCCAACCAAUGUUCCAGAUUCUGACAAUGAUGAUGACGACAACCAAAAAGAACAGGGUCCGACCGACGGUCGUCCAGUUAUUGCCAUUGCCAAUUCGUUCUCCGGUCAGUACUACGUCCUCGGUCAGGAUAGCACGCUCCAACGGGUCAUGUAUGCAACUUCGCAAUCAGAUGACGAUCGACGUAAUAUGGGAUUCACCGCUCAGCUUCGUUACUCCCAGGUUGAACCGAUCCGAGGACCUGUCUACGCGUACAACGAACAAGGUCAACUGAUCAGAAUCUACAAGUAGGCAGAAAGUCGGAAACACCCCAGUCCCACCAGUGCACGGUCAACGAUAUCCGGAGUGACCGUAGUUAACUAUUCAAAUCACGUUAUCGUACAACGUAUUUCGUAUCGCACAACCGUUCGCAUCUUUUCACACCAUCCAACGAACACGUGAGGAAGAUUUAUUCUGUCUCCUAUUUAUUCACCUUUCUUGUAAUUUAUUUUCAUACGUAAAUAUGCAUCGAUGAACGUUUUAUGUUUCGGUUUCGAAAAGUAAUAAAUUUGACGAUUUGA